CGACCCCCAGCCACCUGGAAUCGCCUUCGCAAUACUAGCAAUCUCUCCUUCCAUCCAUAAUCACUAUCCCAUACACCUCGGUUCCCAAAGCGCAUUACUACAACAGCACCAUAGCCACGAGGACAUACACAGUUCACCACAGAUGGUCUCCGCCUACAGCACCCACCGCGACAUGAGCUCCACCGAUCUAACCCCUCAACCCCUCGACCGCUCCCAGCAGUCCCUCUUCGACCACGACAUCCCCUCCCUCUCGGCCUCUCUCGCCGCCUUCGGUCAAGACCCCGAGAGCAGCGCCCACAGCGGCUUCUCGACCCGCUCGCCCAUGUUCUCUUCCCGAUAUAGCGUCGAUGAAUCGGAGCCUGAGUCCGAGGGGCCGUGGGCGCCGCCCGCAUGGCAGAAGAGCAACACUGGGUGGUACCGGAAGAGCAUCAUGAGUGACAGCGCGAUGCGGAGCAGCCCGUCGAGGAGUAGAGGCGCGAGUCCUCAGGAAGGAGGAGGUGGUGGAGGUGGAGGAGGCGUCGUCAGCGAGAGGGAGAUCACACCAAGCCAUAUUCCGUUGCCAGAGAGUCCAUUGAAGGGGUCACCACGGACGAGUCCAGAGCCGGUGGGGUUCGCGGAACAACAGCAAGCACGGUUGAGGAGUCCAGAACAAGAAGGGUCCAGGAUGCACACGCCAGCGUAUGUGGGGCAGGAGCAGGAGGGUGGUGAAGGCGAGGCCGAGCAGCAUGGUGAGGAUCCCGCGCAGUUGGAUGGAUUUGUGCGGUUUGCGUUCCGCGCGGAGUCUCUCUUUAGGACCGCACCGAUUGAGGAGAGCCUGCUAUCUGCAGCCAACAUGUUCCGCAAAACAAUACACUCCAAGAUACGACUCUUUACCACAAUAUUCGUGUUGUUCUUUGCGUGGUUCCUCUUUCAGCCGUGGGACGCGGGAUUGGUGCCGGAUCUCGCGAAUGCGGCAGCCAUUGCGACGAGGUUCGAGCCGCUGAUCUAUGCGUCGGAGAAUGUGAUCCCAAGAUCAAGAGAGCUGGCGGAGAGCAGCAUCGCGGUGUGGGAUCUGGGAGAGAGUGUGCGCGUCACGAAUAUGUCCGCGUCGACGACGAUCUUGAGCCAGCUGGAGUUGCUGAGUGAUAGCUUGAAGGUGUUGUCGGAGAAGUUGACGAGCUUCUUCACACAUGUAGACGGAGAUAUUGAUUCCAUCCUCUUGACCAUGGAGUGGGCUCGUCGCGAGCUUGAAUCAAUCCAUACCCCAUCUCAAGGCCGUAUGUCAACUGCGAUUGGCAACGUGCACUCUGCGCUCUGCAAAGUCGGCGUGCUGGAGUGGGAUGGCCAGCCCACCGCUGUUGGCAAUGUUGUCAAGGCAAUUGUAGGGCAGACGUCGCAACAGCGCUCCAAAGCGACGCUCGAGCGCACCUUCAACCACCUAAUCUCCACGCUGGAAGAAAACAUCAGCAACGAGAUGGAGCGUGCCUCCACGCUCUUCCAGCUCUUCGAAACCGUCGACAUCCAGUUUCAGCAGCUGCACCGCUCCGUCGCGCGCGAGGAGGAUCAGAUGGCGAACGAGAAGGACCAAUUCCUCGCGUCACUGUGGCGCCGAUCCAUGGGCAGCAACCUCAAGCUCAAGAAGUACGAGAAGAACCUCAAGCUGCUGAGCACGGUGCGCAGUAGCACGUUCAACAACCUCAUCGACUUGAAGGAACACACGCGGCUCAUCAGCUCUGUGCAGGAACAGCUCGACGGCGCGCGCAAGAAGCUCGUUAGCCCGCUCAUCCAGAGCGCACAGAGCAACUCAUUCGGCCUCGAGCAUCAAUUCACCGAUCUGUCCAAAACGUACACAUUCCUGAAGGGGCUGAGGGACACGCAGCGGCACCGCGUCUUGCAGGCGCUGUGGGCCGAGCCGAAGCAACGCGUGGCCAUUACGUCGGGCCAGGACACGCCCGAACUCGACAGCUACUAAGUACUAUAGUGUUUGUGUGUGGCGCAUGCUGUGUUUUGAGUGUACGGGUUAGACAAAUAGGUGGCU